GACGUUCCAGGCCUCGCCCCCUCACCAGAACUGGGAUUUCGUGUUACCUGUGACAUCCGCUGGCUUCUAGCCCCGAGCUGCGUCCGCCACUUAAGCCCGUGGGCGAGGCCCCUUCCUCUGUCGUCUCUUUCUUCCCUCCCCACCAUGUCGCAACCACUUUCUGCUGCCGACCCCGCCCUGGUGUCCGUGCUGGCGCGUGCGCUGCAGGACAAGCAGCGCGAAGUCGACGAGCUCCAGGAGCGCCUGCGUAUCGUCGAGGGCCAUCCGCGCGACGAGCCCAUGCCCGAGGCGGCACCAGAGGGGGUGGAUGCGCCGUUGCUAGAGCCUGAGGAGCUCCGUCGCUCGCCGACGCAGCCUGCGUUCCCCACGGUGGGCCCACUUCUCGCCGGUGCCCGCGCCCGGAGCUACGACCUGCUCCAGUUCGCCGACUAUUUGCAUCACAAUUAUUUUGGCCUCGACUGCCACGGCUUCAGGAAUGAUUACGGUGGUCUGCCUCCGUUGGCGGUAACGUCUGUCAGGCCGCCGCCGUACGCGUACGCGUUUCACUUCAAGGCUGACUACCCGGAGUCGGUGCCUGAGCUCGAGGCCGAGUCCGUGUCGGAGGGCAGUGUUGGAGACGCAGCGGAUGAGUGA